AUGCCUUUGUCUAUAGUUGCCGCCCUUAGCGGCAUCGGUAUCGCAUUAGCCAUCUACACAGCUACCAUCUUCUCGAUCCUACACGUUCCUUGGAUCGAAACCCAUGCUGUUUACAUGCAUAAACUACGACUGAUUGGUCGUAAAGAUCUAAGGUAUCCAGAACAAUUCGGAUUCGCUCAUCGUCAAGUGUCAUCUUUCUUCCUCGAAACCAAAGACGGCGUCAGCUUGCAUGCCUGGCAUGUCUUGCCGGUUGGUGUGUACCACAAGAACGCCACACGGUUGGUGCGCCAAUGUUUGGAUGCAAAGUCUCAAGACACACUCAACUUUAACUUGUUGAAGAGUGAUCCGGAGGCUAGACUGGUCAUUCAUACCCAUGGUUCUUCGGGGGCUUUGGCGGCCUACUGUCGUAGCGAAACAUACCGCGCCUUAUCGUCACUGGCACCCAACAAGAUUCACGGGUUGGCAUUCGACUAUCGUGGCUUCGGUCUGUCUUCCGGCGUCCCAAGUGAGCAAGGUCUCCGUGUCGACGCACAAGCUAUCUUCGACUGGGCCCAUAAGACUGCAGGGGUGCCAUCAGAACGUAUCGUGGUCUUCGGACAGUCGAUGGGCUCCAGUGUAGCCAUUGCCCUUACACGAGACCUUGCACUGCAGAAGAUAUCAGUGGCCGGCCUUAUAAUUACGGGGGCUUUUCCGGACGUGCCAACAAUGUUAGGCAAAUAUCGUACUAUCUUUAGCCUUCGACCCUUUGGGCUGCUCGCUAGAUUCCCGGGGCUGAUAGCAUUCUGCACUCGGCGCAUGCGCAACAAGUGGGCGAACAUAGACGCGCUGAUGGAUCUCGUGCGUAACUGCUCUCGUUACCAUGUUCAAAUAUUGCACGCCCAAGACGAUCGUAUUGUGCCUUGGACUUUCAGCAACAGCUUCUUUGAGGACGCAGUCAGAGCUGCUGGUCAUUCGCAACUUGGCGACGAAGAGUUUGAAGAAGAGAAGAAGAGGAGGACAAAUCAAAUGGGGGAGGGAGGCUGGUCUGUCGAGUGGCCGACGUCUCGCGGAUUGAUACGACAGGAGGUACCGCGUUAUGGUGAACAUGAUAAGAUUAUGUUGCAUCCGAGUAUCGCGUUGGCCGUGAUACGGGCAUUUCAGAGCAGAGAAUCUAAUUUCCAGGGUUGA